AUGAGCGCACAGCCAACAGAGUCGACCCCGCUGCUCGCGGCGGUGGACAACAGCGUCACAUCCAAGCCCACGCCGGGCUCCCGCUUCCCCCCCAUGCUCCGCGUGUACCUCGUCUCCGUCGUCGGCGUCAUGACAUUCAGUCUGACCCAGACCGCCCUCAUCUACUCGUUCAGGACUAUGACGUGUGACGACUACUACGAGACGCACGAGUGGGACGGUGUAGGUGACAGAUGCGCCAUCCCUGUCAUUGAGAGCCGGACAGCCAAGAGCAUCGCCUUGAUGAGUAGCCUGACGACGGGCUGUACGGUUAUCAACCUCUUUAUCUCGUCCACUUUCAUGUCCAAGUAUGGCGUAAAGGCCGCCAUGUUCCAGCAAACUCUUUGGGCGACGCUCCGCAACCUGACCCAAAUCUACGCCGAGAGCAAGGGCGGCGCUCUGGGUAUCAAGGUCAUCACCUUCACCCAAGUGUUCAACAUUCUGGGCUCGGGUGGCGGCCUGCAGCUGUGUGCGAACAGCUACGUGUCGAUGCUCUCGACCGACGAGGAGCGGACGGCCAACCUCGGUGUCACAGGUGGUGUUGUGAUGCUCGGUGCUGGUAUCGGCUUCACCAUCGGCGGCAUGCUAGAGAGGUUUGUGGGGCCACUGGCGCCGUUCCAGGCCGCGUUUGGGAUGUUGUGUUUCUGCACAUUCUUCGGCGCCUUCUUCCUGCCGUACCGUACGCCCGAUAGCGAGAAGGCCAAGUCGGACAGUGAUGAUGAUGGCAAGAACAAAAAGACACCACACGGGUUCCUCGGUCCCCUCAAGUUCUUCGUCCCGCGCAAAGUCGUGGUCGGGACACGGGUCACGCGCGACUGGAACCUCUUCUUCCUCGGCAUGGGCACCUUCUUCUCGGUCCUCGCUACAGGUUAUGUGGCCAUGGCAUUGCAGCUGGUGGCCACAAACGUGUUUGCCUUCACGCCCGAUACGUCUGGAUACAUGCUGAGCUUGACGCUGUUUGUGCGCGCCUUCUUCCUGUCGGUCUUGUUCCCGAGGAUCAUUUCUCGCGGCCGUGCGUGGCUCUCGGGCACAAGCUCCACAACGACGAGCCCGGCUCCCACCGUUCCCUCAAGUCCGACAUUGUCCCCUACCCCAACACUGACUGAACACCCCGACGACCCCGACGAGGCCGAGAUCAGCGAUGCUGUCGGUGCGCCUGUCUACGACACUGCUCCCAAGUUGGUCGACGUGCAGCAUGGAUCAACGUUCGACCUGCUGUUCCUCCGCUACUCUAUCCUCCUUGAUGGCUUCCUCACCAGCCUCGUAACGAUGGCGACCCAGGGCUGGCACAUGUACGCCGCCGCGGCCAUUCUGCCGUUUGCGAGCGGCACAGGCCCAGCGAGUAAAGGUGUAACACUCGAGUUUGUACCUGCAGACGAGCGGCCCGCGGCACUGAGCGCAAUCGCGCUCGUGGAGAAGAUUGCUCAGGUGACCACAAUCGGUCUCUUUGGAUACGCCUUUGCUCUGCUGAGCGAAGUGGGUAGGCCUACCUGGGUCUUCAUGCUCAACGCGAGCAUUGCCUUCAUUGCAUUCCUCCUGCUCCUCCCUGUGCGUAUGCCACGGGUACGCCAGCCGGUGGCUGAAGCGCACGCCUAG